UCACACGCAAAGCGUGUGGUCUCGCACUCUCGCUCCAUAUAAUUCCAGGAGCCAUUGAAGGGUCUCCCCUGUUAUAUGGUCUGGUCCGAGAUGGACCUAACGCUGAGCCUUGGAGACCCGCCGGCGAAGCCUGCGGAAGAGAUCGCCGGCUGCGGGGGCGAAAGGCAUGGCAUGAGUAUAAAGCUCGGAGUUUGCAUGGGAUUUGGAAUUGAGUUACGAAAGAAAAGAGUAGCGGAGGAAGAAAACAGAGGAGGAGAUAAGGAGUUGGGGAAGAUGGAAGAGAGGAGAUGGUCUGUUGAUUCCCCGUUGCAGCUGAACCUCCUCCCUCUCGCGCAUAUCUCUCGCCUGGAGGAGACAACGCAGUUGAACGGGAAUUUGGAGCCUCCGGUGAUAGAAGAGGUAGAGGAACAGGCUGCGGUCUCGUCUUCGCAGAUAAGAGGGGUUUGCUCUUUACAUGUGAACUUUGCGGGCGGCGUUGGAGUUGCGGCGGAGAGGGGUUCUUCGAGGGGAAGCGAUGAGGAGGAGAAUGAUAGGGGAAGGAAGAAGCUGCGACUUUCUAAGGAACAGUCGGCUUUUCUUGAGGAGAGUUUCAAGGAGCAGAGCACACUCAACCCGAAGCUGAAGUUUGUUCUUGCCAAACAGCUGAAUCUUCGGCCUCGACAGAUAGAAGUUUGGUUUCAGAACCGCCGAGCAAGGACGAAGCUGAAGCAGAUGGAGAUGGACUGCGAAUUCUUGAAGCGUCGCUGCGAGACGUUGAGAGAGGAGAACCGCCGCCUCCAUAAAGAAGUCGCCGAGCUUCGUGCCAUCAAAUCCUUCCACAUUCAGAUCCCCCCCACCACACUCUCCAUUUGUUCUUCCUGCGAGCGAGUCUCCCCCCCACCUACGUCCCCUCCGCAGCCACCGCAAACUCCACGUUAAUUAGCAGCCACCACCGGCGCGCCCCCGGCCUCCUUUACGCUGCUUCUCUUUUUUUUAAAGAAGCCCGAAUCGCCGGUCCGCUGCCCGGGCCGGCACAGUAGUUUGUGCUCAGCCACUCCAUAACUUUCUUGGCUUUGGCUUUUUCUAUUUUGCAAAUAAUAAUAAGGAAACAGUUAUAAAAAAA